CUCCCGCCUGUGUCUCCGAGGUAACGGUUACUAACGGCGGUCACAGUGACGCCCUGCAGGUGUCAUGGCGACCGGCUCCAGGUGUGAUUGACAGCUACCUGGUGCUCCUGCAGGACGGCGGGAGAACCGUUCACUCUCUCGCCGUCUCACGAUCUUCACCCACCAGCUGCUCCUUCAGCUCGCUGGUUGCCGGGCGGAUUUACACCGUCACCAUAGUGACGAGGAGCGGCGGGCUGGAGAACGCCACCUCGGUGACGGCACGCACACAACCUGCCACGGUGCAGAACCCGAAUGCCAUCCACUCGGCCCGAGACGACUACCUGAGGGUGUACUGGCGUAACCCGGACGGAGACCUGGACCGGUACCAGGUUCUGAUCCGGUACAACAACACUGUGCUGCAGAACCAGAACGUUUCCGCGGGAACCAACGAGUGCGUCUUCUACUCGCUGACGCCGGGGCGACUGUACACCGUCACCGUGGAAACGUGGAGCGGAGACUACGUCAGCAGCAGGUCCACUGACGGACGCACCUUUCCAGCCGCUGUGGGGAAUCUCUCUCUCGUCGAGGCAGGAACGUUUGAUCUGACCGUCACCUGGAGCCCGGCGCCCGGAGACGUGGACCACUACGAGGUGAGGGGGAUCAAUACAUCAAAACAAUACAUAUAUAUAGAUACUGCACCUUGA